GUAGAUUUACCAAACGAAAUUUCAGCAUCAUCCAUUUCUAAAUUUACAAAUGAUUCAAAAUCAUUAGUUUUAGCAAAAGAUUUAAAUAAUAUUUAUUUAUUCGAUUUACAAUCAAAUCAAUUUAAUAACAUUUCAAAAGAAGAAGAAGAGGAAGAACAAGAUAAUUUUAGCGAUAAAAAUAACAAUAAUAAAAAAUCUUCAACCAUUAGUUCAAUUGAAAUCGAUAACGAAAAUAAAAAUUUAUCACUUAUAGAUUCAAUGAAUCAAGUAUAUAUCACUAAUAUCAAAUCAUCAAAACCAAACAAACCAACUAAACUUCCAAAUAUUAACUCUAUUCCAACCAAACUUUACUUUUCAUCAAAUAAUUCAAACACUCUUUUCAUUGGUACUAUAAAUUCAAUUAUUUCAUUCGAUAUUAAACAACUUAAAGUUUUAUCAGUUUGCAAAUUAAAUAAAGCUGUCAAAUUCAUCACAUCAAAUCCAAAUAAUUCUAGUGAACUCCUUAUCUGGAACAACUCUAAUGAACAAACCAAAUUUAACAAGGAUGAUCAAUCAACCAAUAAAUCAUCAUCAUCUUUCUCUGAAGUCAUUUUUGCCGCUUCACAAUCAAAUAAAAAUGAUUUAGUUAUUGUCGAUCUUUCAUUCUUUGAUAGAGUACUUCCAUCACUCCCAGAGGCUAUUAAAUUAAAGAAAUUCGGUGGUCAAUAA